AUGCCCAAUGGAAGCCUUGACAAGUAUAUAUACUGUAACGACAAGAACGAGAAUCAAGAACGUCUUUCUUGGGAUCAACGUUUCAAGAUCAUCAGAGAUGUUGCAUCUGCUCUACUGCAUCUGCAUCAAGAAUGGGUACAGGUCAUCGUUCAUCGAGAUAUCAAACCGGCUAAUGUUUUGAUCGACCAAGAAAUGAAUGCAAGGCUCGGGGAUUUCGGAUUGGCGAAGCUGUAUGAUCAGGGAAUCGAUCCUCAGACGUCUAAAGUGGCGGGAACGUUCGGUUAUAUCGCGCCUGAGUUUCUAAGAACAGGAAGAGCAACUACCAGCACUGAUGUUUACGCAUUUGGGUUGGUUAUGCUUGAAGUAGUUUGCGGUAGAAGGUUGAUUGAGAGACGCGAGGCGAAGAACGAAGAGGUUCUUGUGGAUUGGAUCUUAGAGCUUUGGGAAGAAGGGAAACUCUUUGAUGCAGCUGAGGAAAGUAUCCGUCAAGAACAAAACAGGGGUGAGAUUGAGCUUGUUUUGAAGCUAGGUGUGUUGUGUUCGUAUCAGGUAGAAUCCGUUAGACCGGAUAUGAGUGCGGUUAUGGGGAUCUUGAAUGGCGUUUUGCAGCUUCCAGAUAAUCUUCUUGAUGUGGUAAGGGCUGAGAGAUUGAGAGUACAGCCUGAAAUAUCAAUGGAAAUGCUACUUGAUAUGAAUUCAACGGGUACGUUGCCGUUCACAAAUUCUUUCAUCUCCCAUGGACGAUGA